CGUUGCCAUCUCUCCGGCGUUUGGAAUGCCUGAAAUCUUUCCUGCCGGCUAGGCUGAUGAGAACCGCUAUCAAGGAGACAGAAAACAAGGCGGCGCAUAGUAUUUUUAUAUACUAUACAUGUAGACGUUUAGAUUUUUCUCUUUCGAAUUAAUUCGAUUCCGUGUUCGUGUCGGAUUAACUGCUGUUGGUCGGCGAAGCUGUCAUCAUACUUUCGCAAUGAUGAGUCAGAAAAUAUGAAAUGACAUUGCAUCGACUGCGAUUUUUUUUCAAAUCAUGUCCAUUUUUUAUGGGCCGAAACUGUGAGCGUCUGUAUUACAUUUGAUUUAGCUACAUUGUUACGUUAAGGAUUCAUCAAUGUAGCCCAUCCGCGGCAAUGAUAAAACAGCACGGAACUGUCAGUCGCCUUUGCUAGUUAAAUUAAGAAAGAUUAUUGUUUUUUUAUAUGAAAAAAAAAAUAGUUUCUCAUCUUAAGUCUCUUUUUUACGUUUAAGUUAUUGCCUAAACCAAUGGGAUGCUAGGUGACAUCUUUAUCAAUCUCAGCCAUUGUUGACUUAUCAGUACCACUUCCUGAUUCAUCAGGAACUUGUUUUUACCUUUGUUUAUCUGUUCUUCUGGAUACUGAACAAUCACAGAUUUAUAGUUAUGACUCAAGUUCUCAAUCGGUUCAGAUUGAUAGACUAGGCCAGACGGGACAAUUUCACAGCACGUAGACUCUAACAUCAUCUCUACACCUGUCCCGACUCACAAGCUCGGCUUGAAACACGAAUCAGCCGCCAUGCUCGACAUCAAAACGAAAGAGACAUGCCGGAUCUGCGCUCGCGAGCUCUGCGGCAACCAGCGCCGCUGGAUCUUCCACCCUGCGUCCAAGCUCAACCUGCAGGUGCUGCUGUCUCACGCGCUGGGCCGAGAGCUGACCCGUGACGGCCGCGGGGAGUUCGCCUGCUCCAAGUGCGCCUUCAUGCUGGACCGCAUGUACCGCUUCGACACGGUGAUCGCCCGCGUGGAGGCGCUGUCCCUGGAGCGCCUGCACAAGCUGCUGUCGGAGAAGGACAGGCUCCGGCAGUGCAUCUGCGGCCUGUACCGCAAGAACAACACGGCGGAGACCCUGGUUCCUGAGACGGGGCCUGGGCAGGGGGCCGGGCCCUCCGAGGCGGGCUUGGAGGACUCCCCUGUGGUGGACCUCUCGGCUCUCCAGGAUGUCCGAUACAACGACCUGGUCCAGGACGAUCUGGCCUACUCCGUCUACGAGUCCUGGACCGACCAGGAGGACCAGACGCCCGCCCCUCAGCACCACCACCAGUGCCCAGGAUCAGAGGCCCUCCCUGGGCAGCGCCCCAGGCGUUGUAGGGGGUGCGCGGGUCUUCGUGUGGCUGACUCGGACUACGAAGCCGUCUGUAAGGUCCCUCGCCGCCUGGGGCGGAGAAGCACUUCCUGUGGACCCUCCACCCGCUACUCCGGCAGCGUGUCAGGGCCCGAGGAGGGGUCAGAGGUCACCCCGGUCCCCUCUGUGUCCCCUCCCGCUGGGCCAGAGAGUGACCGGACUCUGUGUGACCAGUCCUGCUCCAGCCUCACCUCCUCCGCCGAGUCCCUGGACACGGCCGUGGACGUGUGCCCGCCGUUCGCCUGCCCCAGAGAGAACCCUGCGUCUGGGCUGGAGGAGGCCCUGAGCCUGGUGAGGAGCUGGGAGUACCGGCCGGUCAAGACCCAACAGGGAAGCAGGCUCCCGGUCCUGAUCAAAGCCAAGCUGGAUCCAGGGGUCUCCCUGGGCCUGGGCCUGAGGAGCCUCUUCAGAGUAGCUGUGGACUGUGAGCUGUACCCCCACCCAGGAAUGGAGGUGGGGACCCCAGGAGGGCAGCAGGACCUGGCUGAAAUGGAGGAGCCGUGGCUGGAUGAUUUUGUCCAGUGUGGGCCCUUCCGCUUCCAGCAGAAGCUGAUUGAGGAGCGGCAGAGCCAGCUGGGGCAGUACGAGGGGGCGGCGGGACAGUGUGUGGGGAAGCUUCAGAGGGCUCAGCUCCAAGUCCAGUCCCUGCAGGCCAAGAUCAGGGAGAGCGACUGCAGGAACCAGAAGCUGCAGAUGACACUGGGGGAGAUGGAAGGUGAACUGCGCUCUGCCAGGGAGGAAGCCCAGAAGCAAGAACGCCUCGUCCAGAACCUGAAUGACUCGGUCAACACCAAGGAGACGGAGGCUGCAGAGCUGUACCGGGUCAUAGAAGAGCAGAACAACAUGUUGUGUUCCCUAAAAGAGUUUGCCAACAGAAACAAGCUCACACAACUACAGGUGUCUGGGGCUGAGAGUGUGCGCGGGCAGGGCGAGGCCCUGGAGCUCCAGGCCUCUCUGUUCCGGGCCCAGCUGGAGCUGCAGGCGAGCCAGCGGACCCAGCGUCAGGCCAGCCGCACGGGGGAGGACCUUAGCCGGGCCCUGCAACGCCUGGAGCACGACCUGCAGGGGGCGCUGGAGCACAGGGAGAACACCCAGAGACAUAACCAGGAAUUGCAAAUGGCUCUGGAGAAGGCUCGCUCUGAACUGUUAGAGAGACGGGAGGAGCAGAGAGAGAAGGAGGGAGAGAGUCUGAGGGAGGAGGAGGAGAGAGAGAGGACCAUCAGGGAACUGAGGACCUCACUGCAGACCAAAGACCAGCUGGUGCAGGACUACUCUGAGCUGCUGGAGCUACAACAGGUUCCGGGGCAGAAGAGGGACUCCAUGCUGAGCAAGCUCAGAGAGCGCGUCAAGGAGAGAGACCUCGCUCUGGAGCGAGCGGUGGAUGAGAAGUUCCGUCGGGUGGAGGAGAAGGAGGAGGAGGUGCACAGGCUGCAACUGCAGCUCAGAGAGAAGGAGAGGGACCUGGAGGCCCAACGCUGUGUGCUGUCCAACAACCAGGAGACCAUCACGAGCCUGGAGGUCCUGCUGCGGGGGAAGGGGGCGGAGCUGGAGCAGGUGGGCGUGGCGUGGAGGGGUGUGCAGCGCCACCAGCAGGAGAGCGAGGAGAGGCAUGCCCACAGCCUGAGGGAGAGGGACGCCCUCAUCAGCCAGCUGCAGGGAGCCCUGCUCUCACGCACCAAGGAGGCGGAGGACCUGACGUCGGCCCUCCUGGGGCGUGUCCAGGCGGGGCCGGGCCAGGUGCUGGAAGGGCUGCAGGCCCGUCUGCAGCUGAAGGAGCGUCUGUUCCAGGAGCUGCUGUCUGACCGCAGCCUCCAGGCCCAGGAGAACCAGGCCCAGGUCCAGGCCCUGCUCAGCACCAUCGCCUCCAGGGACCAGUACAUCAAGGACUCUGCGGGGCGUCUGGGGGAGGUGAUGGGAGAGCAGACGUUACGCCUCCAGGAGCUUCGCAGGCAGCUGACGUGGGCCCCCCCAGGCGGGGUGCCUGGGGCCGGGCCGACAGCAGGACCAGGGGCCGGGGUGGAGCUCCAGGCCCUGCAGGAGGAGCUGCAGCUGGGCCUGCGCAGAGAGAGGGAGGCCCUGGAGGACAUCCACAACCAGGCCGCCCAGCUGGAGGUUCUCUCCAGAACGGUCGACGCCAAAGAGGAAAUCAUCAAGGACCUCCAGUUGCAGCUGGUGGAGCCCUCAGGCCUGCCCCUGGUGGAGCGGUUGACCCGGGAGCUCCAGGCGUUGAGGCCGGCUCCACGGGCCUCAGCUUCCCCCAGACCGGGCGUCCAGGGCCACAACGACUAUGGAGAACCCAGCACAGAGGAGGAGGAUGAUGUCACCAGCGAGUACACAGACAGCAUCGAGGAAGAGGAGGAGAAGCUGACGGCUCGGACACUCGCCAACAUGCAGAUCCCAGAUCGGUGUGGAGGACAGGGGAAGGGGAAGCUGUCCCAGGAUGCAGUGGGGGAGGGCCAGGGGCUGUUGGAGGUGAAGCAGCUAGUGGAGCAGAAGAGGGUGGUGGAGAGAGAACUGGGGGAGCUCAAGGCCCAGCUAGAGAAGGCUGGCUUCUCCUCUCUCUCCCAGAUGAGGAGAGCCUUCUUCAGCCUGCGGGAGGAGAACAACCAGCUCAAGAAGCAGAAGGAGGAGCAGAGGCUCCUGGAGGAGGAGGAAGAGGAAGAGGAGGAGUUGGAUCUGGACUUGGAGGAGGAGGAGGAGGAUGUGGGGAGUUCGGAGCGAUGGGAGGCCUACGAUGAGGCUUGUCCCCCCCAGGGAGGCUGUGGCCCCCAGGGAGGCUGUGGCCCCCUGGCCCAGCUGAGAGGCAGUCAGGGGCAGAGGGCGAGCACCAGGCCUCUGUCUCUGGACCUCGGAGCGCUGCUGGUACACUCCUCACAGGAGGAUGACCUGGAGACGGAGAUAGCAGGCAGCCGCCAGCAGAGGGCGCUGGAGUCUGAGGCGUGUGUGGAGGCAUUGCGCCUGCAGCACCAGAGCAGGGAGCUGCAGGAGAGGCUCAUGGUGUCAGAAGCCACCGUGCAGGCCCAGGCAGAGCAGCUGAAGGACUACAGAGAGCUGCUGACGGAGACGUCCGUGCAGCAGGACAGCAAGCAUGUCCAGGUGGACCUGCAGGACCUGGGCUACGAGACGUGCGGCCGCAGUGAGAACGAGGCGGAGAGGGAGGACGCUAGCAGCCCCGAGUUUGACGACCUGGAGAUGUGCACCUCCCUCGAGUGCGGUUCCCAGUGGUGGCCCGCCCCGGCGCAUCAGGGGAAAGCAGCGGGCCCGGGCGAGGACGUCUCGUCCCUCCAGAGGUUGGUGGAAGACCUCCGCUCCCAGCUCGCCCGCUCCCAGACGGCCGUCAGGGGCCUCCACAACCGCCUGCUGUCCGCCUCCGGCCACGUCGGAGCAUCCACCCCCCGCAGGGUCAACUGGGGCACCCAGGCCUCGCCCCCCCAGAGCGGGCCGGAGGAGGACGAGGGCUGGCAGUCCUCUGACGGAGGGCCCUCCCCUCGACACCCUGGCCCAGACAGGGACCUGCAGGAGCUGGUGACUCGGGUGGGCGCCCUGGAGGACCAGCUGAGAAAGGGAAAAGGCCCUCUGGGGGCCCCACAGGAAGGAAAGCCCGGGAGGUUUGACCCCCUGAUCCAGGCCCAGGCCCGUGAGCUGUCCGUCCUGCGGCAGCGUGUGCGAGAGGGCCUCUGCGUGUGUCACAUCCUGACUCAGCACCUGGGCGACACCACCAAGGCCUUCGAGGAGCUGCUGAGAGCCAACGACAUUGAUUACUACAUGGGGCAGAGCUUCAGGGAGCAGCUGGCACAGAGCUCCGCCCUGGCGCAGAGGGUGGGCACCAAGAUCAGCGGACGAGAUCAUCCAGAGCUUUCUAAUGAUCAAACCGGUCCUGAGCUGAUAGCCAUUCGGCUAAGUGAAGAACUCCAGCAAAAGGAUAAAGUGAUAGAAUCCCUCCGGACCAAACUCCAGAGCCAGCCUCGCUCCGACACGCCCUGCAGCAGCCACGCCCUUUCGGAGACCACCGACCAAUCAGACCGCAUCUCCUUCGUGUCGGACGAACAGGGCUCCACCAAUGAGGACCUGGAGCUGUGCUCCGAGAUGGACGCGGCCAGCGAGUACGGCCAGGUGGAGACGCGCUCAUCCAGAGCGAGCGCAGGUUCUCUCUCUCUCCGUGCCUCUGUGUCACACCACCCCUCCAUCCCUCCAUCCACCGCCUCAUCCCACGGGCCGCACUCCAUCUGCCCUCCCAGCAUGCAUUGCCCUCCGCACAACCCAGCGGACAUGCAGGGCCAACCAGGGUACUCCAUGCCCCAGACCAAGACUUUCCAAGGCUUCCCUCCAACACUACACAACGCCCAGGCCGACCACACCAGCUUCCUGCCCCUGUCCUACCCUCCCUACCACCCCUCCCACCUCGGUGGCACCCACGCCAGUCUGAACGCCGGUCUGAACUCCAGCCCAGCCGUGAAGCCAGGGCCCAGCCUGCUGGAGAGCAGUGCAUUGUGGGAGACGAACUACGGGGCGCCGCCGAGAGAGAGAGUCGGGGCUGACGUGACGUCGGGGUCUUCAGGGUACCAAUCAGGAACCAGCCAUACAGGCUCGGAGCUGAUGAAAGAGCACCUGAGAGAGAUCCGUAACCUGCGGCAGCGUCUGGAGGACUCCAUCCAGACCAACGACCGUCUCCGCCAGCAGCUUGAGGAGAGGCUGGCCACCGCUGCCAGGGAGAAGGGUGCUCCCACCAACAUCUACAUCCAGGGCUUGGACUCCGUCAGCCAGCUGUCCAAUGAGAUCCGAGCUCUUAAGGAUGACAACCUCAGUCUCCAGGGCCAGCUCAAACAGGCCAGCAGAGAGGGGAGUAAGGAGGCGGAGCAUCUGCGUGAGGCGGUGCUGAUGGGGCGGGCCCGACUGAAGGAGGCGGAGCUAGAGGCCGAGAGGUGGGCGGAGCAAGUCAGGAGACUGCAGAGCCACGCCCAGACUCAGAGCCAGGAGAUCACCCAGCUCAAACAGGAACGACUCAGCAACCAAGAGACCAUCAGCAGGCUCCAGGAGGAGGUGACCCUGCAGAAACAGCAGCUGUGCGAGGGGCGUGGCCUGGCUCAGUCCCUCCAGCGCCAGCUCAACGCAAACCACCGAGGGGGCGUGGCCCUCCUCAGGGCCACGCCCCCCGGACCCCCUGGGAAGACCUCUCGCUCGGCCGAGUCCGUGACCUUUGACCCCCGCGACCUCCAGGUCCAGUUGGAGGAGCAGAUGAGUGGCAGGCCGGGUCAGGGGGGCCACGCCAGGCGCAUGCUCUUCCUCGAGACGCUGGCCUCUCCCCCGGUCAGAGACAUCGGCCUCCUCAGCCCCUCCUCCCCCUCUCCCCCCCUCUCAGACCAGAGGAGGCUACUGACAAUGAGGCUGGUUUGGCGGGCCAGGCUCCGGACGGCUCCUUCUCCAGCCGAAGCGGCCGCCACAUGGUGGGCCACGUGGACGACUUCUCUGCCCUGAAGCAGCAGCUCCUGGAGGGCUGCAUUCUCAUCCGCCAGCUGGAGACCACCGUCCGGUCCUCAUCCACCAGCCAGGCCCUGCUGGAGUUCAGCCUCGAUAAGUCAGUGGAUACAGGCUCUUUGAGGAACCUGCAGGCUAGCACUAAGACCCUGCGGCAGAUUCUGGAGGAGGCCAGCUCCCUGCUCAGAAUGUUCUGGAGGGCAGCCCU